AUGGCGAAAAUCAUUGAUGGAAAGAAUAUUGCAAAAUCUAUUCGAGAUCAAAUUCGGGAAGAUAUUGUUCAAUUUAAAAAAAAAUAUUCUGAAUUUAAACCUCACCUUUCAAUUAUUCAAGUGGGUAGUAGAGAGGAUUCGACCGUUUAUGUGAGGCAAAAAGAAAGGGCUUGUAAAGAAGCAGGAAUUGAAUUCAGUUUACAAAAAAAGGAUGAAUUUAUUACUGAACAGGAGUUAAUAAAAUCAAUUCAUGAUUUAAAUAAUGACCUAUUGACUCAUGGUUUAUUAGUUCAACUUCCACUUCCAAACCAUAUUAACGAAAUUCGUGUUACAGAAAAUAUUGACCCUAAAAAGGAUGUAGAUGGAUUUCAUGCAAAUAAUAUCGGGAAUUUAUCUAAAAGAAAUAGUGAUCCUUUAUUUUUGCCUUGCAUUGAAAUUUCUGGUAAACAAGCUGUUGUGGUUGGACGUAGCGAUAUCGUGGGUUUUCCAGUAUUUACACUUCUGUCCCGUAAUGAUGCUACCGUAACUCUAUGCCAUUCCAAGACCAAAAAUCUUCCCGAGAUUACAGCUGAUAUUCUGGUAAUAGCUAUUGGAAAAGCAGAAUAUGUAAAAGGAGAUUGGAUAAAGCCCGGUGCAGUAGUUAUUGAUGUUGGAACUAAUUCAAUUGAAGAUUCCACAAAAAAAUCUGGCAUUCGAUGGGUAGGAGAUGUGGAAUUUUCAACCGCAUCCAAAGUAGCAUCACAAAUAACCCCGGUUCCUGGUGGGGUAGGGCCAAUGACAGUUGCAAUGUUACUACAAAACACUGUCGAAAGUGCAAAAAGGUUUUUAAAAGAAAAUAUUGAACGAAAGGUUUCACCUUUGCAUUUGAAAUGUCUAGAUCCUGUACCAAGUGACAUCGACAUAGCAAUGUUUCAAACACCUAAAUCCAUUAAAUUGCUGGCCCAAGAAUUAGGAUUGGCAUUAAAUGAAUACGAAUUAUAUGGGAAUACUAAAGCAAAAGUUAAUUUUCCAGUACUUGAAAGAUUAAAAUCGCGAAAGAAUGGCAAAUAUAUUGUUGUCACUGGUAUUACUCCUACUCCAUUGGGAGAAGGAAAAUCAACAACCGUUAUUGGUAUUACGCAAGCAUUAGGAUCACAUUUAAAUAAACGUGUAUUUGCAUGUGUCAGGCAACCAUCUCAAGGACCCACUUUUGGUAUAAAAGGUGGAGCAGCAGGAGGUGGUUAUUCUCAAGUAAUACCAAUGGACGAAUUUAACCUACAUUUAACUGGUGAUAUUCAUGCAGUAACUGCUGCUAACAAUUUAUUGGCUGCUGCAAUUGAUGCUCGAAUUUUUCAUGAAAAUACUCAAUCCGACACGGCCCUUUUUAAUCGUCUAUGUCCCUCUAUAAAAGGGGUUCGUAACUUCUCACCUGUAAUGUUAAAACGUUUAAAAAAAUUUGGAAUUGAUAAAAAUAAUCCUGAAGAUUUAACACCUGAAGAGAUUAGUAAAUUUGUUAGAUUAGACAUUAAUCCUAAUUCCAUUACAUGGAAUAGAGUAAUAGAUACAAAUGAUCGAUUUUUGCGUCGUAUAACAAUUGGUCAAAAUGAAACAGAAAAAGGUCAAACACGUCAAACUGGAUUUGAUAUUUCUGUGGCAUCAGAAUGUAUGGCCGUACUCGCUUUAAGCACAUCCCUAGCUGACAUGCGAGAAAGGUUAGGUAGAAUUGUUGUGGCCACUAACAAAGGUGGAAAUGAAUUAAUAACAGCUGAUGAUCUUGGUAUAGGAGGAGCAUUAACAGUAUUGAUGAAAGAUUCCAUAAGACCUAAUCUUAUGCAAACACUAGAAGGAAACCCAGUAUUUGUACACGCAGGACCAUUUGCUAAUAUAGCACAUGGAAAUAGUUCGAUAUUGGCUGAUAAAAUAGCACUUAAAUUAGUGGGUUCAGAAUGCGAUGAAAAAGGAAAUUUAAUUGAAGGAGAAGAAGAAGGAUACGUAGUGACCGAAGCUGGAUUUGGAGCUGAUAUCGGAAUGGAAAAGUUUUUCAAUAUUAAAUGCCGAACUUCAGAAUUGAUACCUGACGCUGUUGUAUUAGUUGCUACCGUGAGAGCUUUGAAAAUGCAUGGUGGUGGACCUUCAGUCAUGCCCGGGAAGCCUUUACAUGAGACAUAUUUGAAAGAAAAUCUUGAAUUAUUAGAAAAAGGAUGUGAUAAUUUAGUUAAACAUAUUGAAAAUGCAAGGAAAUAUGGGCUUCCAGUUGUAGUUGCCAUUAAUCAAUUUACAACUGAUACUGAAGCAGAGUUAUCAUUAAUUCGUAAGAUUUCCACGGAAGCAGGAGCCAUUGAUGCUGUACCUGCCACUCAUUGGGCGUUAGGUGGGGCAGGAGCUGUAGAAUUAGGAAAAUCUAUAAUUAAAGCUGCAAAUGAAAAACAAGAAUUCAGAUUUUUAUAUGAUAUCGAGAAGCCCAUUGUAGAGAAAAUCGAAAUUAUUGCGAAAGAGAUGUAUGGUGCUGAUGGUAUAGAGUUAAGUGAAUUGGCAAAAGAUAAAGUAAAACUUUACACUCAACAGGGAUUCACAAAUCUGCCUAUAUGUAUGGCCAAAACUCAUUUAUCACUUUCGCAUAAUCCAAAUCUUAAAGGAGUACCUAAAGGGUUCAUUGUGCCAGUACGUGAUAUAAAAGCAUCAAUUGGUGCGGGAUUUUUAUAUCCACUAUUGGGUGAAAUGCAAACUAUGCCCGGAUUGCCUACCCGUCCGUGCUUCUUUGAUGUAGAUUUAGAUCCAGAAACUGGCAGAGUCUAUGGAUUAUUUUAA